CUUUCCGCUUCCGGUGUCCCCUAGAGCCAUGGCUGCCGCCUCGUCCGCCGCCACUGUCGCGAGCAGCGCCGCGUCGCCGUCCGGGUCGGCGGACCAGCUGCUGUGCAAGGCGGAGGCCGAGAACGUCGAGGAGGAGCUGGAGGACUUCGACGAUGACGACGAGCCCGAUGAGACCUUGGCCGAGAGAUUGUGGGGCCUGACGGAGAUGUUCCCCGAAAGCGUCCGGUCGGCCGCGGGCGCGACCUUUGACCUCUCCCUCACCGUGGCCCAGAAGAUGUACAGGUUCUCGCGCGCGGCUCUGUGGAUCGGGACCACCUCCUUCAUGAUCCUCGUGCUUCCCGUGGUCUUCGAGACGGAGAAGCUGCAGAUGGAGCAGCAGCAGCAGCUGCAGCAGCGGCAGAUACUCCUGGGCCCUAAUACGGGCCUGUCUGGAGGGAUGCCGGGGGCCUUACCUCCACUUCCCGGAAAGAUUUAGAGAGAAGCCGCUGCAUCUGACUGCUUGAGGGGGAAAGAGUUUCAAAUUCAACUGUUUGCAAACUGCUGAUUAUUUGAAAUGGCUUUGUUUUUUCUGGGGUUAUUUGGGGCAUGUUGAACCAUCCGAACAUUACGGGCAGACUCCUCCUCACCCCUUCUCUAGAGACGUCCAUCUUUCUGCUCUGCCCUCCACACCGGCAUGAGGUUUUGUUCUUCGGUCCUCCCACUCUGAUGCGAGUGAGUGCCAGGACACCGUGACCCCAGCUCUGGCCUCCCCAUCCCCACCCCCAAGCUGCUGUCAGUCAAAGCACCCUUGCCUUUUCCUGGAGGACCUGAAG